AUGGAAUCACCAAAAUUUGAAUUAACAAAAAUAUUGGAAUGGGUGCAACUAAAUGAUUAUAAACGUAUAGCCUUACAAUUUCCUCAAGAUUUACUUUCAAUUGCACCGGAAAUUCUUUUGGAAUUGGAGAAAUGUGCAAAUGACAAACAAUUUUUUAUUUUGGCAGAUACUUCUUACAGAAGCUGCUGUUUGGAUUUGAUUGCUGCUGAGCAUGCAAAUUGUGAUUCUAUUGUUCACUUCGGAGGGGCAUGUAUGACAGAUUUAAAUGGCAAAAUACCUUCCCUUUAUAUUUUUGAAAAUACAAACAUCGAUUUUGUCAACUUUAGAGAAAAUAUUUCAAAAUUUAUUGAUACAAAGGAUGAAAAGGAAUUUGAUCAAAUACUUAUUUUGUGUGAUUCUGACUAUUCGGAUUUGGAAAGUAUGGUUUUAGAGUAUGUUUUUAAUGUUUGUGUAGGAAGAAAGGGGAGAUAG